AUGGUUGUCUUGAACAAGUUCUCCGCUGUCCUUGUGGCCGCUCUGGCUGCUGUGGGUCAGGCCAGUCACGAGGGUCUUCACGCUCGUCGUGUCCACGCUCGCUCUAGCCAGCCUGGUGUCGGGGCUUCCACCUCGACCGUCCUCGUUGUGCCCACUGCUCUCGAGCCAGCUCCUACGACUACUUCCUCUUCGUCUGUGCCUGCUACUAAGCAGACUACCACUGUGCAGUCUUCUUCUGCUCUUCCGGUGGCUUCCAGCUCCACUUCUUCCGUUGCUUCCUCUUCGGCCGUGUCUUUCACCACCGGUGCGAGCUCCUCCGUUCCUGUUGGUUCUUCAAGCAAGCCCGUCGCUUCUUCCAGCAAGCCUGUGGUGACCCGCACUCCCGUUAGCUCUCGCCCUACUGGCCGCCCCACCAAGUCUUCUUCCGGCGUUCUGUCCAGCUCUGUGUCUGCUCCCGCUGGAACUGAAGUCCCUACCACCAGCGCCGUGACUUUGACUUACACCGUCACCUCUGGAACUUCCACUAGCGUCAUCACCACCACCAUCUACAAGACCACUACUGACCAGCCCACCGCCACUGCCACUCAGUCUAGUGCUGAUGCCUCGGCUACCAAGCCCACUGAGGACACCACCAACACUCGCACCUCUACUAUUCAGGCCACUAAGACUGAGACUGUCACUCUCAUUGAGGUUCCGUCUCCUACCAGUGAGCCUGGCUCUGGCAAUGAGUCUGGUGCUUGCAGCGCUGUUACUGUUACUGCUACCGUCACUGAGACUGUGACUGCUGGCGCACCGAGCACCUCCGCUGAGACCACCUCCGCCGCGUCCACCUCUGCUCAGACCGGCGCUGAGACCACCACCGCGGUUUCCAACUCCGAGACUGCUACGACUUCUUCCACCCGCACUCCUGUCGGCUCCACUCGCAUCCCCCUCACCCGCACUCCUUCUUCCAGCGGUUUCGCCACCCGCACUCCUUCCGCCAGCCCUAGUGCCAGCGUGACGCCUACCCCUUCCUCUAGCGGCCAGGCCUCGUCCACCGGCACCCCCACUGGCAAGGGCUUCCUGCCCAACUGGCGCCGCCGCUUCAUCUAA